AUGAACCCAGUUCAUAAGAAAAUACCAGUUCUCAUCCACAAUGGCAAACCCAUUUGUGAGUCACUCAUUGCUGUUGAGUAUAUCGAUGAGGUUUGGAAUGAUCAAUCUCCCUUGUUGCCUUCUGAUUCUUACCAGAGAGCCCAAGCUAGAUUCUGGGCGAACUAUGUUAACACCGAGAUGUGUGAGAUUUCCUCGAGGUUCUGGAGAAGUGAAGGGGAAGAGAAAAUAGCUACGAAGGAAGAAUUUUUGGAGUGUCUGAAGUUAUUCAAAGAACAACUGGGGGACAAGCAUUAUUUUGGAGGAAACAACCUUGGCCUGGUGGAUGUUGCACUUGUUCCUUUGGUCUGUUAUUAUUAUAAGUAUAAUUUAUGCAGCAAUUUCAUCAAUGAGACCCAGUACCCCAAAAUCAUUGCUUGGGCUAAUAGGUGCACUCAAAAAGAGACUGUGUCCAAGUGUUUUCCGGAUGAGCAGAGGGUCAAAGAGUUUUUUACAAAGAAGAAAAAGGAUUUGAGCAAUGAGUAG